ACAACAGCUUGUUGGUAUAAACAAUUCCUGCUACUUUUUCAUGCACUGGUUUUUGGGUAGACCAUCGGUGAACAUUCCUUUGAUCAACCAUUUCAGUACAACAUUUAUGGUGCAAUAUAAACGAAAUAUGAUGAAAUAUCUAAGUGUGAACUGGUGAGCUUCCAUUGGUAUUUCAGAUUGCGCCAUCGUCUUCUGGUCUUUGAAAAGAAUGCUGGGAUUUACCUUGAUGUAGUUUUGGUUAUACGUAACGAUUUCGUUCAAUUGAUCUUAUAAAGAAGGAUAGUUGAACUUUUUGCUAUUUAAUGCUGACCUGUAAACUAAUAUUCGUUGAUUAAACGCUCAGCACGCAGGUCUCAUCUUAUUAUCAAACAACUUGCAAACUAGAAAACAGCGUCGUUCAAUCAUGCCAGCCGAGAUUUUGUUCGCAGCAUCAGAGCAAACAACAUAUAAUCCCCAUCCGGAGACUCCUAAUCAAAAAAAUCUCAUUGAAUCCAACGAAAAAUACGCCGCAAAUUUCACCCAAGGCGAUCUAGAACUUCCCCCCGCCAAGAAAUAUGCAGUUGGUAAGAUUAAAUACUUCCAUAGAACUCCCCCAAUUCCCAAAUCCUUCUAAUACACGCAUACAGUAACAUGCAUGGAUGCGCGCAUCGACCCCUCCUCCGCCUUCGGCAUCGCUCUAGGCGACGCCCAUGUAAUCCGUAACGCGGGAGGAUCCGCACGAGAUGCAUUACGCUCUCUUAUUAUUUCUCAGCAGUUGCUAGGCACGAAUGAGAUUAUACUUGUUAAACACACUGGAUGUGGGAUGCUUAGUUUUUCGAAUGAAGAUGCGGUUGGGAUUGUCAAGGGGAGAUUUGGGGAGGAGGCAGAAAAGGAGUUGGAAGUUUUUGGAGGGGAGUUUCUCCCGUUUGCAGAUUUGGAGGGGGAGGUGAGAAGGGAUGUGAGCUGGUUGAGGGAGAGGAGGGUGCUGGCUGAGGAGGUGGGUGUUAGUGGGUGGGUUUAUGAGGUGGAAAGUGGGAAGGUGAGGAGAGUGGUUUAGGGAAACGUUGUGGAUGUUAGGAUGUUGGGAUGCGGUAUGGAGGUGUGUGAUUCGGGGGUCUUCUUUUUUUUGUUUCAAGUACUCAGUAUUUCUGAUUACUCCAACGGUUCUGAAGUAUUCAGAGACUUUAGUCUUGUGAUAGUACCGUAUAUUCAUUCCCUCUCUGUACAGCAUAAUAACGAUAUUCCCCCCCAACUCCUUUACAUUUCGCUAAAUACCUACCUAACUCAUUGCUACAUUCCUGAAAUACCAUUUCGGAAACUUGAACAA